AUGCGUCUCUCGUACGUCGACAACCCACCAAACUUCACCAACGAAGAUGACAAAGCCACCCUCGAACGCGUCAAGGCCCGUAGAGGAGAAAAGGGCCUACUGCCCCUCGACCUAGCCCUCCUUCACGCACCCAAAGUCGCAGAUGGCUGGAACUCACUCCUAGGCGCCAUCCGAGGAAAGACCUCUCUCCCAGACAACAUCCGCGAAAUAGCAAUAUGCAGGCCUGCACUUAUCAAUCAGGCUUGGUUCGAAUGGAAGCACCACGCUCCACUUCUGCAGGACUCUGAAUCCUUCAAAGCCAGCCUGGACAAGUUUGAGACUGUUCAACAGCUUCAUCCGACCAGUGCCGGGAGCCUCGACAAACGUGAAUGGGCGACUUUACGAUAUGCUGAUGCUAUGACGCGAGAUGUGAAAGUGUCGCAGUCGUUAUUCGAUGAGGUGAAGGCACUGUUUAGUGAACAGGAAGUUGUGGAGAUCACGACGACUGUUGCGAGUUACAAUCUCGUAAGUCGUUUCUUGGUUGCUUUGGAUGUUGGUGAGAUGAACGAUCAAGCACCUGAAUUUACCAGUCAGGUCACAAACCCUACGAGCACAGACGAUAGAAUUCAGUCGUAG